AUGGAGGGUCAUCCAGGCAUUUGGACGCAUACGGAGCGGUCGUCUGUUCUUCACAUCCGUAUUCAUACGACUUCUACGAUGGGCGACGACGGACGUCAACCGCCACAGGACACGUACGAAGAUUUACACGAGGAAGAGGUGUUUGCAGAGGAAAUGGCACCGGCACAACCCGAAUCUAUUCGAUUGGAUCGACGCGAUCUACGGAGCACUCUGGAUGCUAUCAGGUCGGAAAACCAGUUUCCUUCUACCCCUUCUGCACCUACCUUCAAACGUGAAGGCUACGCACGUCAACAUGAUUUUAACUUGUCGAUUGUCAGAAAACUUGUUCCUUUGCAAGAUUGCCAAGAGGUAGGCGCUGUGAUCUCUUCCGUCAUACAGGAUCUAACUGUUAGAAAUGAAACUUUGAAAAUCGCUGAUGGUCACCCUGGUGUUUUCCAGUUUUUAGACAAUAAAAACAAAUCAGAGUCUCUCAGAGUCACAGACCCUAGGCUGAGUGAGUUUCUCGAAUCCGUGAAACCCAAAGAGGAGUCUACUUCAAGGAAGAGAAAAGCGGUGCCACCCCCUUUCGAAAGCGGGAAGCAGCUUGGCCACCUGCUUCCCGCUCUUUCCAGUACGAAGCCGAAGGCCCCUCGUCUUUCCCAAGCUACGACAGUCGCUUCAAGACCCACUAUGGAUACCAACCGUAUUUCGAAAGAAGUCGCACGCGCAGAGAGGAGUACUCCCCGCCGCAUCGCUCGGAUCACAGAUUCCAACGAGAACUGGACAGAAGAAAGAUCGAGUGUAGGACCUGUGGACAAGAAGGUCAUUGGUGGCGAGAUUGCCCAAAAAGAAAAUAGAGAAGUGCUCUCGAGCAGGCAACUUUCCCAGCCAGCGUCCCUCUCUGCACAUUCACCCUCUAUUUGUCGCGACAGUUCAUCCUGCUCUCAUGCAGUCGACGUCGUUCGGGCCGAUCUCACGAAUGCGGGAUUCUUCUUCGCUGAAGGGAAGUGCAGCCGGACCCUGACACAAAUGUCAGGCUGUUUUCCUUGCCCCAACACAGCUGGAGUCGACGCAUUCGAGCAAUUAUCGGCUUGGACGGAAGGUCUCCUAUGCACCACGUUUCUACGAGGGAGCAGCCCUGACAGCCGUGGCGAAUCGACUAGGCUUGGAGACUGUCGGCUCAAAGCGGAACGCAGAACAGCCCCGGAGGUGAAGCAUCGACCCAAAAUAGAUCAGAAAUCUAUGCGAACUUUGGUUCUUGAAGGCCUUUCGUCGACAGAUGCUAAGGGGUGGCGUGGCUUCUCUCGCUCUCAGUUUGGGCUGCCAGCAAGCCACAGUGAUGCAAGCCGGUAG